UGAGCAGCCACAGGCUCACUUCAUACUUAACAUAAUUUCCGAAAUUCUCAGAUAAAGACCCAACAAUGGCUUGCAAACUCCUUUGCCUCUUCAUCCUCGUGACUUUCGUUUCUCAAGGAUAUGGGUGUGACCGUAGCAAUCUAACUCUAGAACAAUCAAAGACCGGCAACUUGUAUAAGGACAUAACAGAGUGGGAAGUGAGAUUGACGAACCCAUGUCCAAGCGAUUUCAAGAACGUAAAGUUGUCCUGCACCGGUUUCCAAUCAGUCAUACCCAUUGAUAAAUCGGUGUUGUCGAAAUCUGGUAACGACUGUCUCCUCCAGUCUGUCGAGUAUAAAUCAGACUACGUCUUCAGAUAUGUGUGGGCCACUAGCUUCAACUUUAAGAUCCUCGACGCUACAAGUGCUUGAUAGUGUGUGUUUACCCUAAUGUUUUCUGCUUAAUGCAAUACUAGAUCUGAUUGCGUUUUCAACUUUAUUAAAAAAAUAAAUUAUAUAA